UAAAGAACCUCCCCAACUCAAAUUCUCUUCAGAGCUCUAAUCUGCGGCUUAAAAUUUUCCCAAGGGGCCGAAUGACAACCUACAAACAGCUUGAGGUUGGAUUUGAAGAUCCAAAUCCGCGGAAAUGGUGCGUGCCGCUAAAGGAAGACGCGUUCGCCAGCUUAAUGGAGAAGGGGAAUAACGCAACCGCGCCUCAGAAGGUCUUCUCCCAAGGCUCACUCUUCAGUCCGUUUCUGUUCGGGAAAUUCUUCGAUCCUUCCGACGCUUUCCCGCUAUGGGAGUUCGAAUCAGACGUUCUGUUGGCCAAUCUCCGCUGCUCAAAUCACUGCACCGUCGAUUGGCUCCAAACCGAAACAGAUUACAUACUAAAAGCAGAACUACCAGUGACAGGAGUUCAGAUCUGCGUAGCAAACCGGAAAGUGUUGGAAAUCAGCGGCCUGUGGAGGCAGCAAAGAGAAGCUAGGUCGAGCAACGACUGGAGAAGCGGCCAGUGGUGGGAACAGGGAUACGUUCGGAGGAUCGAACUCCCUGAAAACGCAGAUUGGAGGAAAACAGAGGCGAGCGUAAACAACGACAUAAUUUUGCAGAUAAGAGUACCGAAGGCUCCUCCCAAUUCCGAAAUCGGUCGAGGAAGCAAUGGAGCGGCAAAAGACUACUCAGAGAUUGCUUAGCUUCAUGAAUAAACUAGAGAUGUGAAGAUGGAUUGGAUCAUGUGUAGGAAAGGCUGCAAACAGGCGAUUGGGGCUACGUACACCAAGUUGGGAACUGGGAAGUGAUAUUUUGUAUCAAAAUUUUUGCACCAAAAUUUUACCCUGAUUUGUGAUGCACAUCACAAUAUUUUACAAUGAUUAUCGGUGAAACAUACUAUUGAGUGAAUUUGAUGCAAAACUUUUCGUGCAAGUAGCAUUUAUCCUGCCAAGUUAGCUUAAUUAUAUUCCUUACCUAACAUGAUUUUAUUGGAUACUUUAAUUUGUUAUAUUUGAUUAUUAAGUUUACUCUUUAUUAACCUAUUGUAGAUUAGUAAAUCCGCCUAUGCACGGAUGAUAAUGAAAAUAAAGAAUUUGCCACUAGACCACAAGGUAAUUUGCUAAUGAAAAACAACUUAUUUAACAAGAAAGUAGAAAUUCUUUGGCAAUAAUCUCAAACAAUAACUAUAGGUCAUUAGGUUCGUUUAAGGUUUUUUUUUUUUUUUUUUUUUUUGGAGGGGUGUGCUAAUAGCUUAUUAUUAUUAUUGGUGACGAGAAGAGGUUCACACUACCCAAAAGCGUGCACUAAGUAAAUCUCACUUAUGUAUAAUAGUUCACAAAUCACACAAGAGAGUUAACCCGCAUGGAUGAAAAGACCUUUUAGGAUGAAUUUGAUCCAAAUGAUGUUGGCAAAGUACAAAUAGCUAUUUUAGUGCUAUGAUAGGAUACAUAAUAUUUUUAGUGCUUUUGAAAAUUAAACUUGUGUUAGUGUGAUAUGAUUCAUUUUUUCAAAUCUAUUUGAAGGGCACAGUUCAAUGGGAUCGUCUCGGCGUCUCGCAUAAAGUUUUUUGUGUUUAAAUUAUAAAUUAUUUACUUUCCAUUUAUAAUUUAAUGUUAUAGAAAUUUUCUAUUUAAGAAAUUGAUGGUUGCACUCAAAUAAAAGCAAAUAUCACCUCCUAAAA